GGUGGUGUCUAGUAGUUCUGUCUCUGAUUUCUUGAUUCUUUGGUGGUAGUCAGUAGUUUGUGUGUGUGUGUGUGUGUGUGUGUGUUACAGAGAGAGAGAGAGAGAGAGAGAGACAGACCUUGGUCCCCCCCGCUGAGCGAAAAUGCGCAUGUCCGAUGCAGUGACGCCGCAGCUCCAUGUGUGUGAAGCGCAUUAUUUGGCAACGGGAGAAGCAGCGGGGAAGCUUGAUAAAGGGGGAUCCCCAGGAUUUUUUUUACACCGAAAUACCGGGGUAAAUACUCAUCUGAACCUCGAGGAAGAGCCGGAGGAGAAACGUGCAGCGCCACCCCAACUCCGUGCCGGCAUGUCGGAGGAGGCGAUGCGUCAGACCCGCAGCCAGAAGCGAGCGCUGGAGCGGGAUUCCCUGCCCGUGGAGGUGGACAGCAAGAAGGUCAAGAUGGAGAAGGGGGACCACGGGAAAGGCGAGACCGGAGUGCCCGAUGGCCUGAAGGUCACUGGCAUCCUCAAAGCCGGCGAGGUGAAGGCCACCAUCAAGGUGGAGGUGCAGACGAGGGAGGAGCCGGUCGACAUGAGCACCUCUAAAAGUGAGGUGGAGAGGCGGCCGCCAUCACCUGACGACGUCAUCGUGUUAUCUGAUAAUGAGCCCUCCAGCCCACGUGUCAACGGCCUCAACCACUGCUCCAGGGAGAUGGACACGGAGCUGCUGAUGAAGAGCUGUCCCAGCGAGCGCGAGCGCAUCAUCAAACAGCUGAAGGAGGAGCUGCGGCUAGAGGAGGCCAAGCUGGUUCUGCUGAAGAAGCUGCGACAGAGCCAGAUCCAGAAGGAGGGUCCGGCGCAGAAGGCCGCUGGAUCGUCCGGUUCUGUGGCCACCCCACCUCCUCUGGUCAGGGGCAGCAUCACAGCCAGUAAAGGAGCCAUACAGGUAACAUCAGGGCGCAACUCGGGUGCGGUGAUCCCGCCGCCGCUGGUGCGAGGGGGCCAGCAGAUAUCAGCCAAGCUGGGCUCACAUAACGCCCAGAUUGUCAUGCCGCCCUUGGUCAGGGGCGCCCAGCAGGUCCAAGGCCUACGGCAGCAGCAGCACUCAAGUUCAGGAGGGCCACCUCCGCUCCUGCUAGCCCCCCGUGCCAGCGUGCCCAGCAUGCAGGUGCAGGGCCAGAGGAUCAUCCAGCAGGGCCUCAUCCGCGUGGCCAACGUGCCCAACACCAGCGUCCUGGUCAAUAUCCCUCAGGCCCCCCCGACCAACCUGAAAGGCUCCUCAGUGACGUCACAGUCCGCCCUGGCCAAUUGCGUGACAGCAGUCGGCGUGAAUGACUCUCCUGCCAGUCGGCAGGCAGCUGCCAAGCUGGCCCUGCGCAAACAGCUGGAGAAGACCCUGCUGGAGAUCCCGCCGCCCAAGCCAACCACGCCCGACCUCAACUUCCUGCCGUCGGCCGCUAACAACGAGUUCAUCUACCUGGUGGGCCUGGAAGAGGUGGUACAAAACCUUCUGGACACGGUUGCCAAGGGGAAGCUGCAGGCCUCUCAGGUUUCAUCCACGGCUCCUGCCCCCAAAGAGCCCUUCACCUGUGCCCAGUGCAAGACCGACUUCACAUCUUGCUGGAGGCAAGACAAGAGCGGCACGGUCAUGUGCGAGCAGUGCACGACGUCCAACCAGAAGAAGGUGCUGAAGGCGGAGCACACCAACCGGCUGAAAGCGGCCUUUGUCAAGGCGCUUCAGCAGGAGCAGGAGAUCGAGCAGCGCAUCAUGCAGCAGAGCCUGUCUGCCUCCCCCGCCACCAAAACCCCCCCGGUGCUGCCCGCUAUCAAGGUGGAGCAGCAGACCCUGGGGUCCCAGCAGCUGAAGCAGGCCCGGCCCUCCCCCCUGCAGCCGCAGCCCAGCCGGGGGGCCAUCAUCAACCGCCACCAUUCCACUGUCAAACAGAGCCCUGGCCAGCCAUCCCGGAGCGCCCAGGCCAUGGGAGGGCGAGCGGCGAGCCACUCCAUCUCGCAGGCCGCACAGCUCCAUAGCGGCAGCAUCACCGCUGCCGCGCUGGUCAGCAGGCCAGGUAAGCAUGCUGUGCACGCAGGGGGAAAGGUCAACAGCAGCCGUAACGCCGCCGUCGAAGCCUGGAGGAAGCGGAGCGCCGCAACCCAAGGAGUGACUAUGGCCUACGUCAACCCCAGUCUCUCACAAGUGCACAAGAGCUCUUCCGCUGUGGAUCGUCAUCGCGAGUAUCUCCUGGACAUGAUCCCCUCUCGCUCGAUCUCCCAGACAGCGAACACGUGGAAAUAAUGCAAAUGCUCCUUAUUAUUAAUGAAAAUAAUAAUAGCUGUCAUCAUUACCAACAUAACAAUCUACAAACCCCGGUUACAAGCCUGGGACAGCGAACUAUCGACCAAUAAAUCGGCUCCUUCCUCUGUACCUUGCCCGCCAUGACACCAGUCUCAAAGUGGAAUGUUGCAAAGUAUGAGACAGUGAUACUUGAUCCUGGACUCUUGGGAUGUUUUAUUCAAAGAAAAAUUGAUUAGAGGAAAUGGACCUCUUGAAAUUCCCCUUUGUUGGCCGUCACCAUCUGCAGGCAUAUUCCUGCGACUUCGCCGCUUCCGCCGCCAUCCUUUUGGGAGCUUAAUCAGCCAACCGAGCGGCACACAGAGGGAGUGACUGACCUUGGGUCACACAUCGCUCGCCCCAGACGGACAGACCAGGAUCCUCUUGGACUAUUGAGCGGCCUCCGGUGGCAGGAAUGUGAAUAGGACGCUGGGUUUUAGUGGACUCAACAGAAUGCUAGACUGCUUCAGCUUUGGAAAAACAAAUGUAUAGUAAAUGGAGGGAAAAAAAGUCUAUCGACAAAUGUGCUGCCUCAUAUUAAAUUGACAUCACACAGAGCUGGGGAGGAUUCUUGUUUUUGUUUUUUUAAGAUUAUUAUACAUGACUGAGUUACAGUCCCCCCCCCCCUCCCCAUCUGUGAAAUUAGUAGGUUUUGUUCGUUCCUGUUUCGGAACGCUGCAUCACUGAAGGGUUUUAUUGCAGAAUUUCCACCAGUUGAGGUGGCUAUUUCACGUUGGCUUCGUCUCCCAGUGAAUUUUUAUUUUUGUAUCUAGGUUAGGAGUAACCCUCAGGCAACAGGCAGGUAAUAUCAGAAACAUAAUCCAUACUAGAUACUUCCUGCUGUUUUUCAGCCGUGUGACUGGAUGCUCAAGCUGAAAGAGGGCGGGGCAAGAACUUUUUUUUUUAACCCCUCCCAUAUCAGGUGAUUUGAGGGUUUGUAUGUUGAACAUGACGACUGAAUUUCUGGUCAUAGUUAAAUUUUUUAUUUUUUUUCCCAGUGGCUCCUCUGCUCCCGUUAUACUUGAACAAAAGACUAAUGGACACUAUUUGGAAUGUAGCUCUGUGGACCAUGGCAGGGCGUCUCAAACUGAUGACAUUCUGCACAUGACAGCCCUGGGUCUGUGCGUCAUCCACAAGCGAUUUCUUAGCCAGCGCUGACCGUUGGUGUUUAAUAUAUUGCCGUGGGUGGGUGGAGGAGGCUCCUGGAAAUUGGGGGCGUGGCUUCGUGGGCGUGUCGUGCGGCCCCUGACACUCUCCCCUGAGGUUCAUCUCCGACCGCGGUUGUUCGCGCAGACUCUUGCAUUCACUUGCUUUCAUCUUAAGCAUAAACGAAAAUAAAACAAAGCUUAGAUUUUUGAAGCUGCACUUUUCGUUUGCGUGCAGCUUUGUUUUUGAUUUGGAUUUGUGUUCCUGCUUUAAAUUAAAAAAAAAAAAAAAGAGAGAAAAAAUAGAAAAAGAGAAAAAAAAUGUCCAGCUUUUAAAACAAUUUGAGUCUGUCUGGCACUCAGUUGUUGUGGGAUGGUGUGUUAAGGGGUUUCUUUGGUCAGUUGGUUGCUGUUAUGUUUUACUUCAAUUCCAUUCUUUCUUUUGUACAUUGUUUAAGCUGUGUGGAAAUUUGCCCUCCCCUCCCCUGCGGGGCGUUGCCUGCCACCAUCUCACACCAUUCCAUUUCCUUGGGGUGCCAGCACUGCACACUGCAUUGCACCCGCCUCCCUAAGGAUUGUUAAGUAAUGUUUCAGUUUGUCUCCCCCCCCACUCUAUCGAAGUAAUAAACUAAUUUUAACCCCUUUGUUUUCUGUCAA